AUGGUGCCGUUGGAGUGCUGCGCCCUCUGGUGUGGUGGCUCCGGGCGUGGUGGCCGGUUUGGUGGGCAGGAUGUGCUGAGGAAUGAAGCUGUAAUGAGCUUUCCGUGGGGCCUCUUCUCCAUGGUACUAGCCGUUGAUUUGGUCCGCGGCGGGUUCCAGCCGCGCCUUCCGACUUCGCUGCCGCCCCCAGGGCAGCAGCAGCAGCAGCAGCAGCAGCUGUCGCCGCUACCACGCCGACAGCCCGUCCCGUUGAUGCCUCCCGCGCAGCUUCAUCCGGGAGCGCCCCAGGUAGUCGCUCCGGCGCCUGCGGUCCCUCUUCAGUCGCCACCGCCUUCGGAGCUGAUGGACGUCGACCCCUCAGCCGGGCCGCCUUCCCAAGCGGUGGCUGUGCAGCCUGUCCUGCAGCCGCUUUCCUUGGGCUCCCCCAUGGAGUCUGACACCGCAGCGCCUUGUCCGGCGCCCACUCAGCAGCCGUUGACGCAGCGUCAGGAGACGCUGCCUCUCUUCGUGGGUCCCGACGCCCCGACGCGUCCAGUACCAGAAGCUGCGCCCGUGGUCACAGGCGUGCACCCUGACCUCGCUGUUGCGUAUUAG